UUUAACUAUAAAACAGAAAAUAAUGAAUGCAAAUUAAUAUUUUAUCCAACACAGUGCUAAUGACAUUCAAAUACUGAUUAUAAGAUUUCUAUUUUGUUUGCUGGAUUUACAAAGCAAAUCAAUGUUAAAGCUGACCCUAACCGGUUCUUCCUGAAAUGCAGACAUCAACACAUGCCUUUAAGCACCCGUGUCAAAGCUCUGAGAUCUCUAUGUAUUUAUUUGGAGCUAAGUCUGACACAUCCUUGUCUGGUGGAUACUGUGGCUUCUAUCUAUGUAAAGGGAAAGAGGGAAAGGAGGAUUCUGGAAGGAGACCAGUGGUGUUGAGACCCGUUAAAGAGUUUUACCACAUAUCAUAUCAUCACAUCUCAUCCCAUAUCAUCAUACUAUUGUACACAUUCCUGUUCAUUAUAUCUCAGUAAAGAUUGCAUCAGUUCAACAACCAGCGCGUCUUUCAUUGGGACUUGGUUUAUACUUGAUGUUAAGCUGUGUACCUAAAGCAACACACACAGCCGAGGCAUUACAGUAAAAAGGCUUUAAAUCGUUGUCAGAAGCAGCUAAACAGCUUUGAAUCGUCGUUCCGCAGUAAAAGGACUAAAAACUCCUUUCAGCCACAUGGAGUGAAGCUAAAGAGAAACUAAUUUCUCUCACUCACUACAAAACUGAUACUGCCUGUGUCCAGUCAUCAUCAUUAUCCAUGCUGCCAGCUAAAUCAAGAUGCAGAACACAGAGAACAACACUCUGACAGUUAACCCUCAAUGCUCCUAUAAGGAGGAUGACACACACAGCUUGCCAAGAAACAAGUCUAGAUGCACAACAUUGUCUAGAGCAUCCAGUCAAACAAAUCUGACUUCAGCUAGCGCCGAUUCAGCAAGAUUUAAGCGUACUAGUUCUAGACAUUCAAGCAUCACCAGUCUGUCAUCGGCUAGCGACAAAGCGACUAAGGCAAGAGCAAAAGCAGAGGCAGCUUGCGCCAUGGCUUCUUAUGCGGAGCAAGAAGCUGAAUUGAUGAGAGAAAAAGCAAAGAGUGAAUCUGAAGCACUCAAAAAGAAAGCAGAAGUGGAAGCAUCUUUACACUUAGUCAAACAGCAGAAAAACGCUGCAGCAGCCUUAGCCGAGGCAGAAGUUUUCACAAGGGCUGCCGAAGCUCAGUACGAUGGCAUAGAAAACCAGAUGUCAUCCCACAGCGCAAUCCAACGCACCCGUGAGUACGUACAGUCACAAGCAACCAUGUACACCGACCAGCAGUCCAAUGACGCACCUAGGUCUUCAUUGACUCCACCAGCAAUAAGCAACUUUGAUACUACGCAACAUUGCAAGGCUGAAUCAGAAUCUCAGUGUGGGAAGUCAAGUGGUCGCAUGCUCAGAGACCAAUCUGCCAACCCUCCAAGAGUGCAAACGGAUGCUCGCGUACUCCCUCCUCAAGCAAAUACAAGUCUGGAUUAUAGCAGAAAGACUUACAACAGACGAGAACAACCACCUAAACAAAGUGGAUUCAGUCAAGCGCCUCAUCAGCCUUACCAGCCGCAGCCAUACCCUGAGUUUACACCCGAGAAGUAUUCGCCAGACGCAACAAGUGCUAUAGAAGUGGCAAAAUUCCUGAUGCACCAUGAGAUAGUAAGCGCUGGUCUCAUGAAAUUCGAUGACCGUCCAGAAAACUACUGGGCCUGGAAGUCAUCUUUCCUGAGUGGUACCCAAGACUUAAAUAUGACGGAGAAAGGAAAGCUUGACCAGCUCGUCAGAUGGCUAGGACCAGAGUCCACUGAGCAAGCCCAAAGGAUCAGAUCAGUACAUGUUCAUGACGCAGCAGCAGGACUUGCAAUGGUGUGGCGGAGACUAGAACAAUGCUAUGGAUCACCUGAAGUGAUCGAGGAUGCUCUGCUGAAAAGGAUAGAAAACUAUCCAAGAAUAACAAGUAAGUAUUACCAAAAGCUGAGAGGUUUGGGAGACCUACUCUUAGAAAUAGAAGCCGCUAAGUCUAGUGGAUAUCUGCCAGGUCUCUCAUAUCUGGAUACAGCACGUGGAGUUGAGCCCAUAAUCGAGAAACUUCCUUACAACUUACAAGAAAGGUGGGUAGCUCAAGCUUCAAGAUACAAGAAAGAUCAUCGACAGUUAACCCUCAAUGCUCCUAUAAGGAGGAUGACACACACAGCUUGCCAAGAAACAAGUCUAGAUGCACAACAUUGUCUAGAGCAUCCAGUCAAACAAAUCUGACUUCAGCUAGCGCCGAUUCAGCAAGAUUUAAGCGUACUAGUUCUAGACAUUCAAGCAUCACCAGUCUGUCAUCGGCUAGCGACAAAGCGACUAAGGCAAGAGCAAAAGCAGAGGCAGCUUGCGCCAUGGCUUCUUAUGCGGAGCAAGAAGCUGAAUUGAUGAGAGAAAAAGCAAAGAGUGAAUCUGAAGCACUCAAAAAGAAAGCAGAAGUGGAAGCAUCUUUACACUUAGUCAAACAGCAGAAAAACGCUGCAGCAGCCUUAGCCGAGGCAGAAGUUUUCACAAGGGCUGCCGAAGCUCAGUACGAUGGCAUAGAAAACCAGAUGUCAUCCCACAGCGCAAUCCAACGCACCCGUGAGUACGUACAGUCACAAGCAACCAUGUACACCGACCAGCAGUCCAAUGACGCACCUAGGUCUUCAUUGACUCCACCAGCAAUAAGCAACUUUGAUACUACGCAACAUUGCAAGGCUGAAUCAGAAUCUCAGUGUGGGAAGUCAAGUGGUCGCAUGCUCAGAGACCAAUCUGCCAACCCUCCAAGAGUGCAAACGGAUGCUCGCGUACUCCCUCCUCAAGCAAAUACAAGUCUGGAUUAUAGCAGAAAGACUUACAACAGACGAGAACAACCACCUAAACAAAGUGGAUUCAGUCAAGCGCCUCAUCAGCCUUACCAGCCGCAGCCAUACCCUGAGUUUACACCCGAGAAGUAUUCGCCAGACGCAACAAGUGCUAUAGAAGUGGCAAAAUUCCUGAUGCACCAUGAGAUAGUAAGCGCUGGUCUCAUGAAAUUCGAUGACCGUCCAGAAAACUACUGGGCCUGGAAGUCAUCUUUCCUGAGUGGUACCCAAGACUUAAAUAUGACGGAGAAAGGAAAGCUUGACCAGCUCGUCAGAUGGCUAGGACCAGAGUCCACUGAGCAAGCCCAAAGGAUCAGAUCAGUACAUGUUCAUGACGCAGCAGCAGGACUUGCAAUGGUGUGGCGGAGACUAGAACAAUGCUAUGGAUCACCUGAAGUGAUCGAGGAUGCUCUGCUGAAAAGGAUAGAAAACUAUCCAAGAAUAACAAGUAAGUAUUACCAAAAGCUGAGAGGUUUGGGAGACCUACUCUUAGAAAUAGAAGCCGCUAAGUCUAGUGGAUAUCUGCCAGGUCUCUCAUAUCUGGAUACAGCACGUGGAGUUGAGCCCAUAAUCGAGAAACUUCCUUACAACUUACAAGAAAGGUGGGUAGCUCAAGCUUCAAGAUACAAGAAAGAUCAUCGAGUUGCAUUUCCACCGUUCGCCUUCUUCGCUGAAUUCAUAGAAGACCAAGCUGAAAUACGCAAUGACCCAAGCUUUGCUUUCCUGAACAAGAGAACGGCAAGCUUCCCAAAGGUAGAGCAGAAACCUCCAGGGCUUUACAAAGAACGCAGAGCAACAGUUUCUGUAAGGAAGACAGAAGUUCCGCCUGAAUCUGCAGCCAAUCAGGAAGACAACACAAGGAAGAAAGUUGAGGAGCCAGACAAAAUAUGUCCUAUCCACAACAAGCCUCAUCCACUAAGAAAAUGUCGCAGUUUCAGAAGUAAGACAUUAGAAGAGCGCAAAGCUUAUCUUAAAGACAAUCGCAUUUGUUUCAGAUGCUGCGCUUCAAUUCAGCAUCUUGCAAAAGACUGUAAAAAAACAAUGCAAUGCGCAGAGUGUAACAGUGACAAACACUUGUCAACACUGCACCCGGGACCACCACCAUGGAAACAAGAAGUUCCGGCAACUCAAGAAGAUCAUGGUGGGGAGCAAGGCGAGAGUACAACGCCAGCAGUAACCUCAAAGUGCACUGAGAUCUGUACAGAGCAGGGCCGCUCAAGAUCAUGCUCCAAGAUAUGCUUAGUCAAGGUGUAUCCAGCAGGUUUCAGAGAAAAAGCAAUCAAGAUGUACACAGUCUUGGAUGAACAGAGUAACAGAUCUCUGGCAAAAACAGAAUUCUUUGACCUCUUCGGUGACAAAGGAAGUCCAACUCCAUACACCUUGAAGACUUGUUCUGGAGUUGUAGAGACAAUAGGGAGAAGAGCAAAUAACUACAUCAUCGAGUCAUUAGAUGGAAAGACAAAGGUGACUCUUCCUACCCUCAUAGAAUGUGAUGAGAUACCAGACGACAGGUCAGAGAUUCCCACACCUGAAGUUGCUCGUCAUCACCCACAUCUAGUGCGAAUAGCAGACCAAAUACCAGCACUAGAUCCAGAUGCUGCAAUCACCCUUCUACUUGGGAGAGAUAUCCUCAGAGUGCACAAAGUCAGAGAACAGUACAAUGGGCCACACAAUGCACCAUUUGCACAACGCCUUGAUCUCGGAUGGGUCAUCGUUGGAGAAGUAUGUCUAGACGGACUGCACAAACCAGCAAAGGUAAAUGUCUACAGAACACAUCUGUUGCAGAAUGGUCGUACAUCUUGUCUUUGCCCAUGUACCAACAGUCUACACAUUAAAGAGAGAUUAGAUAACCCAACACAUCAUCGAAGUAUCCAGAGGUGCAUGGAAGACUUAGCCUCAACUGGAAAUGCAGAUGAACUGGGUUGUAAGGUGUUUGAAAGAACACGAGACGACGACAAGCCAGCACCCUCGGUAGAAGAUACCCUCUUCCUUCGAGAUCAUGGACAGAGAAGUCUACAGAGACAAGUCAGGCAGCUGGGUAGCCCCUCUACCCUUCCGGUCACCACGCCAUCGCCUUCCUGACAACAGGGUACAAGCAGAGAAA